UCUAUUGCUUACGUAACGUACGUUCCAGAGAGAGCAGGAAGUGUGAUGUGGCGUUGACUCUGAAACAAAAAUGUCGGCUAUUUUCAACUUCCAGUCGCUGCUAACAGUGAUUCUCCUCCUGAUCUGCACCUGUGCCUACAUCAGAGCGAUGGCUCCCAGCUUGUUAGACAAGAACAAGACCGGGUUGCUAGGAAUUUUCUGGAAGUGUGCCAGAAUAGGUGAGCGGAAGAGCCCCUGGGUGGCCUGCUGCUGUGUCAUCAUGGCUUUCAGUAUACUGUUCCUGCAGUAGCAGCUCAAAGAAAACCACCAACCAAGUGGGAGACAAUGGGGGGGAAAAGAACAGAUGACAAUGUAUGAACAAUACGAUCCUGGAAGCACAGCAGGACCUUCUGGGGUUGUCGUGUAGAUCGUGUAAAAAAAAAAGAAAAAAACAGACUCGUCAGCACUCGCCAUAGACAUGGAGGGAGAACACGCAUCUUUGCAGGUGGAGGGGGUGAGGCUAUAUCUUCACACACUUCCACAUCUCUCCUUGUGUUUGCUUAUGUGGACCAUUUAACUCCAGAUGUUAUGCACGAUCCUAUGAUCCGUCAUUUUGUCCAGACAUUUCAAACACUGUCACCGUUGCAAACGUUUUGUUGUUUAUAAUAAAAAAUGUCUCCCUUCAUUCAUCACUGUUAAGCAGUUCACAUGGAGACGUUUGUUUGUUUGUUGGGGAUCACAGUCCAACGCAAACAAAAUGCUAUGAUAGCUUCUCAGGUGUCAUAUCUGUAAGGGAGAGCUACCAAUGUUUUUCAGUCAGUUUGUCACUAUUUAUUAAAGAUUCAUUUAUUAAAGAAAUCUGGUUUGAGGAGGCUGAUAUUUUGUUUUUUUGAUUAGUGACAUCUGGUUGUGAUAAUUCCUCACUGCAAAAGCUAAAUAACAAUAAUAACUUGUAAAUUUGUACGGACAUGUUAAGGUUUUGGCAAAAACAGGAGGAAAUUGUAACAUUGUCAACCGCAGCUCUGUAUCAUGUGAAGUGUGGCUGUCAGGAUUCAGCUCGAAGUGAGAGUGAAGAGUUUGUGAUAACCUCACGUCCAACCUUGCAGUCAACACUCAUCUUCAUAGGGCUCAUUUGAUUGUACCGCACACAUCACGACAAGGCCAGAUAAUUGACACGUAUUUACUUCCAGAUAUUUGAGACUAAACUGGAUUAGAAUGAAAUUGUUGUUGUUUUUAUAUAUAAUUCAUAUGAAGAAACCCAUAAAUAAACGUGUUUUGGAAAUGCA